AUGGAGAAAGGGAUACACACAUAUCUAAAUGGACUUAAGCCAGUUCUUAGUGACUUAAUUGAGGAGGAUGUCAUUGAUGACGUUUGUAUCCCCAUGUUUGUAGAAACACUUCCAAAGAUGUCUGGACCUAGGAGUAUCAACUGCUUUACGUCGAAUGCCGAGCUAAUUCAUUUGUACUUGCUGACUGGGAUUAGCAAUCAGAAACAUCCUCCUGAAAAACUGCUUCACUGGACAUUCUGA